CUGCAAUCAUCUAGUCAGGUCUGAUUCUGUUUCCGGUUUGUGCCUGCACGCCGAUUUUGCGAUCUACGUUUGUGUUUUCCAAACAAACCCGGCGGAUUUGAACGAGUAUUUUGUUGUCAUCAUGUCGACUGCCCUCGAGAGCUACAUCAACCGUAUCCUUUCAACUAAAUUCAUUCUGGAACAGUCACUGAAUGGGACUUUUGCUAAUGAAUCGCGUGAUUAUUGAUGCGUGGCCGUGGGUGCUUUGGCCUGCUCGAUUGAGCUUGGCUAACGUUAGCUAGCUAGCAAUAGCAUCACAUAUGGCUUUUUGGUAGAAUGACUUGUACCUGCGAGCUAGUUAGUUAAUAAAACGACGAUAAAAAAUCUUGAAAUUAUUUUGGAAGCAAACAUAGGUGCAUGUUCAUCCAAAUGUGAUAUUUAAGUAAUAAUGCCCGAGGAGGUGUGGAAUAUGGCCAAUAUACCACGGCUAUGGGCUGUUCUUAAACACGACGCAAUGCCGAGUGCCUGGAUACAGCCCUUAGCCGUGGUAUAUUGGCCAUAUACCACAAACCCCCGAGGUGCCUUAUUGCUAUUAUAAACUGUUUACAAACGUAAUUAGAACAGUACAAAUAAAUGUUUUGUUAUACCUGUGGUAUAUGGUCUGAUAUACCACGGCUUUCAGCCAAUCAGCAUUCAGGGCUUGAACCACCCAGUUUAUAAGAGCAAGCUAACUAUGGAUUUGUCGCGCAUGGGCGGCAGUUAGACAGUAUUGCUGCAUGCGCAGCUUCUCAUGAAAUAGCAGCCUGGUGUCGAUCAGACCGGUAGCGUCAUUGCAUCAAUACUACAUCAAUUCUGCAGUCAAACUUUUUUCAUUUUCAUGCAGAGUGACACAUCUCCUUCGCAUAGAGUUGAUCAGGCUGUUGAUUGUAGCCUGUGGAAUGUUGUCCCACUCCUCUUUUUUUAUUUUUAUUUGAUUUUCUUUAGUCAUUUUAGCAGACGCUCUUAUCCAGAGCGACUUACAGUUAGUGAGUGCAUACAUUUUUCAUAUUUCAAUGGCUGUGCGAAGUUGCUAGAAAUUGGCGGGAACUGGAACACUCUCUCGUACACGUCUAUCCAGAGCAUCCCAAACAUGCUCAAUAGGUGACAUGUCUGAGUUUGCAGGCCAUUUUCAGCUUCCAGGAAUUGUGUACAGAUCCUUGCAACAUGGGGCCGUGCUUUAUCAUGCUGAAACAUGAGUUGAUGGUGAUGGUGGCAGAUGAAUGGCACGACAAUGGGCCUCAGGAUUUCGUCACGGUAACUCGGUGCAUUCAAAUUUCCAUUGAUAAAAUGCAAUAGUGUUCGUUGUCCGUAGCUUAUGCCUGCCCAUACCAUAACCCCACUGCCACCAUGGGACACUCUGACAUCAGCAAACCACUCGCCCACACGACGCCAUACACGUGGUCUGCGGUUAUGAGGCCAGUUGGACGUACUGCCAAAUUCUCUAAAACGACGUUGGAGGUGGCUUAUGGUAGAGAGAUGAACAUUCAAUUAUCUGGCAACAGCUCUGGUGGACAUUCCUGCAGUCAGCAUGCCAAUUGCACGCUCCCUCAAAACUUGAGACAUCUGUGGCAUUGUUGUGUGACAACUGCACAUUUUGGUGGCCUUUUAUUGUCCCCAGCACAAGGUGCACCUAUGUAAUGAUCAUGCUGUUUAAUCAGCUUCUUGAUAUGCCACACCUGUAAGGUGGAUGGUAUAUCUUGGCAAAGGAGAAAUGCUCACUAACAGGGUUGUAAAGAAAUUUGUGCAAAACAUUUUAGAGAAAUAAGCUUUUUGUGCGUAUGGAAAGUUUCUGGGAUCUUUUAUUUCAGCUCAUAAAAUAUGGGACCAACACUUAACAUGUUGCGUUUAUGUUUUUGUUCAGUGUAUGUACCACACAGAAUGCACUACAACUGCCUCUGCAACGCAAUGUUGCAAGGCAAGUGCAGCGUUCCAUUGGAAAUGAAUGUACCAAAACGCAUUGAAGCUGUUGGUCUGAUCGAGGUGAUAGACUAGACGUAAUAUAUAGUAAACGUAAAUCCGGGACACUCAAAUUAGUAUGAUAUGUCACGUUUGGUUACAUAAGACAGAACGUUACUUAAGUAAAAAACGAAAGUAGGGUGGUUGGUCGGGCGUAUAACGCCAACGUCUAGCAACCCAAAAGUUGCGUGUUCGAAUCUCAUCACGGACAACUUAAGCAUUCAAGUUGGCAACUUUGCAACUACUUAGCAUGUUAGCUAACCUUAACCCUUUAACCUUAACCCCUAGCUUAGCUAACGUUAGCCACAACAAAUUGGAAUUAGUAACAUAUCAUACGUAUUGUAAUUCGUAACAUAUACAAAAUGGAUGAUGGACAUCCACAAAUGAAUACAUACCAUACGAAAUGUAACAUAUAUACGAAUUGGAGUGUCACAGAUUUACGUUUACUAUGUUACGUCUACCCCUGAGCCCAGGUUGGAAAUAGUGUUCCAAAUGUUUUCCUUAGCUGUUGUGUUUCAGGUACAGUGGCCAUAGUUACAUCAGAUGGACGGAUGAUAGUGGUAUGUCUCUAGCUACUUCACUGCUAUACUCGGCUCCAGAUCUGUGUGUCUGUAUGUGUCCGAAGGGUUUUGACUGGACCAUAAACCUGAUUGUGUGUGUGUGUACUGUUUUGAUUGGACCAUUAAUCUGAUUGUGUGUGUGUGUGUGUGUGUGUGUGUGUGUUUGCAGGGUACCCUGAAGGGCUUUGACCAGACCAUCAACCUGAUUCUGGAUGAGAGUCAUGAGCGUGUGUUCAGUUCCUCUCAGGGCGUGGAGCAGGUGGUCCUGGGACUAUACAUCGUCAGAGGAGACAACGUGUAAGUAUCCUAUCGACCCCUGGUUGAACUUUCACCCAAACGACCCCUUAUGACCUCUUCCCCUCACUGUAACCCAGUUCGAUUCUCUUCCCCGCUUCCCCAAGUGUGCGCUCGUUCAUUCCCCAUCAAGGACUUGGAUUGGUAAAGAGACUGAGUGUCGACAUUUCUGAAACCGUGAGGGGAAUGAACACUUUAAGUGGACACUUUGGAUAGGAGGGGGAGAAUCAGACUUCAACACACAGUAGGACACCCAGGCCCAACUGCUCUCCUCUGUUUUGCAGAGCUGUGAUUGGGGAGAUUGACGAGGACACAGAUUCUUCGCUGGACCUUGGGAACAUCCGUGCUGAACCUCUUAACUCUAUAGUCCACUGACCUCUCAACUCUGUGGUUUACUGACCCCUACACCUGAGGGAUUGUGUGUGUGUGUGUGUGUGUG